AUGAAGUCAAUAAUCUUCAAACUUCAGGCACUUGCCAUAUUAAGCAGCUUGUUUUGUACAGUCGCAUCAAAGCAUUGGGUACAAAACCAAUGUCAUGUACCAAUAAACUUGACGCUAUACAACAACACCAAACUUCCAGAUCCUUUCACAUUUGCAGGUGGAGGCGCAAAAACCAGCAACGCAUCGCAAUGGGAUUGUCGACGAAAACAAAUCGGUGCUCUACUCCAAAAAUACGAACUUGGACACCUCCCACCAAAACCAGCAUCCCUGACUGCAAACAUAACAACCAGCAAUGCCACAUAUUUGGGAACCAACUACACUACCAACAACCUGAACAUCCAAGUCACCGACCGCAACAAAACCAUCUCCUUCUCAGCCUCGAUCAUCUGGCCAACAACAGGUGAAGGUCCCUGGCCCGCAGUCAUAGCCUACGCAGCACCCAGUAUCCCCAUCCCCUCAAACAUCGCAACCAUCAACCUCGACAACGACGACAUCGCCCAACAAAACGACGCCUCCUCCCGCGGAAUCGGGAAAUUCUACGACCUGUACGGCAUCAAUGCCACAGCAUCCGCAAUGACAGCCUGGGCAUGGGCCGUUUCACGGAUUAUCGACGCUCUCGAAUCCCUCCCAAUCUCAGAAGCGAAAAUCAACACCACCCGCCUCGGCAUGACAGGCUGUUCUCGGAACGGAAAGGGAGCUCUGGUAGCAGGGGCUUUUGAACCUCGUAUCAGACUGACUAUUCCGCAAGAGAGUGGUUCGGGAGGAGAUGCGUGUUGGCGACUUUCGGACGCUGAGCAAGCUGCUGGAUAUGUUGUGCAGACUUCUUCCGAGAUCGUGAACGAGAAUGUCUGGUUCUCUACCGAAUUCGAUAAUUUUGCUCAGUAUAAGACGGAUCUAUUGCCGUUUGAUCAUCAUAUGCUGGCUGGUAUGAUUGCGCCAAGGGCUAUGCUGGCGAUUGAGAAUACAGCGUACGUGUGGUUGAGUCCUCAGAGCAGUUAUGGAUGUAUGACGGCUGCGAGGAAGGUGUGGGAUGCGCUGGGGGUGAGUGAUAGGAUGGGGUUUACGCAGGAUGGGAAUCAUAGCCAUUGCGCGUUUUCUGCUGAUCAGCAGCCUGAGUUGACGGCUUUCUUUGAUAGGUUCUUGUUGGAUGCAGAAGGGGUCAAUACCACUGUUUUCAAGACGACGAAUGAGACGUUUGAUGAGGCUCGGUGGAUUGAUUGGACGGUGCCAAAGCUGUAUUGA